UGCUGGCUCGCUCCCGCACGCUCCUUCGCCCAGUCGCCUCGCAUGCGCGGCGGCCCCUCUGCACCGGGGGGAAGGUGUCACCGAUGAAGACCGGGACGGAACUCUACAUGAGCCUCUACCCGGAGGCCUCGAGCGACAGUGGGCUGCGCCUCGGCAACAUCACUCCUGAUUUUGCGUGCGAGACAACGCACGGCCACUGGAGCUCCUUUCACGCGUGGAAGAAGGACAAGUGGGCGAUCCUAUUCUCGCACCCCGCAGACUUCACGCCGGUCUGCACGACGGAGAUCGGCCGCCUCGCCCUCAAGUACGACGAGCUCACCGACCUCGACUGCCUCGUCGCGACCCUGUCGGUGGACCCGGUCAAGUCGCACGAGGAGUGGCUCGAGGACGUGGUGGCGCACUGCGAGAACGAGAUCGAGGUCAAGUUCCCGAUCAUCGGCGACGCGGACCGCUCCAUCUCGACCGCGUACGGCAUGAUCGACCCCGCGACGUCCGGCGAGCAGGAGCUGCCCCUCACCAUCCGCGCCGUCUUCAUCAUCAACCCAGAGAACAAGCUGAUGCUCUCCCUCAACUACCCCGCCUGCGUCGGCCGCAACAUGGACGAGAUCGUCCGCUGCGUCAAGGCGCUGCAGCUCUCGUACCAAAAGUCGAUCGCUACGCCGGCGAACUGGCCAAACAACCACGCCGACAUCCCCCUUGGCGACGGGCGCACGACGUCGUUCAAGGGCUCCGUCUUCCUGCUCCCGACCGUGUCGGACGAGGAGGCGGCGGCGCACUACCCGGGCUACCACACCUGCGACGUCCCCUCCAAGAAGGCGUACCUCCGCCUCGUCACCGAGGAGCAGGUCAAGACCGCGCCAACCAACUAGGAAUGGCCGCGACGCGGACUACGCGAGCCGCCAGGCACCAACCCGGGCAGAGGCAGCCGUGGAAUCAGCGCGCGGGCGGAGAUGUCCAGCAGUUUUGCAGAGACUUGCAGAUGGAUGCAAGAGUACUAUUCUAGCCAGUAGAGGAGCCUCGCAGUUCGGGCUCGGCCAGUCUCCAGACAGCGAGGCGAUGUAUUUUUUGUGUACGUAAGAUCGGUGUACC